AUGUCUACGAGUGUGCCGAGUCUGGUCGCUCUGUCGAACGUGCGGGUGGCGACUGCCUUUGGUCUCCUCGUCGUCCAGCAGGUCAGCCGCGUGCCCCCGCUCAACGUCGUGCGCAAGAUCUUCACCGACACGAUUCCACUCAAGUCUGUGCCAACUGAUAAGUCACCCGAGGACCCGCAAGUCAUCGCCGACUCGUGGAAGUACGCCCCCAAGAGCGCCCUCCACCACACGCUCGUCGCCAUCAGCGCCAUCGAGGUCGCACUCUGGAGCUAUGCCUUCGGACUGCAGCUUUACGGGGGCAUCGAGCACGAAAUACCAGUGAGGGAUGUCCUCACCGCUGCGGCUGUCGCGGCUGCUAUGCUGCUCUUCCGAAAUCUCUUGCGCCCUCCCAUUGUCCCCCCUUGGACUAACUUGGUCGUCUACCUGUGGUUCGCCGUCCUUUCGGCCGUCGUUCUGGCAGCCGCCGCGUACCAGAAGUACGCUCAUGGCGUCCUGCCGAUAUGGGCCACCGACCGAGUCCUCUUGUUCGAGUCGCUCAACGCCGCCCUGUGCCUCACCCUUGCCGUCGUCGCCGGCUUCCUCCGCUUCAACAGACCGCAGGUGCUCGCGCUGGCGCCGGACGUUGCUCCCGACGAUGUCGUGACGCUCAACCAGUGGCUGACCUUCACUUGGAUGAACCCAUUGAUCAAGAAAGGUGCUGAGCGCCAACUUGAGCCGGAGGACGUGCCAAGGCUCAGCCCUACCCAGCAAACCAAGAUUGUCUUCGACAGCUUCCGCUCGGUGAUCGCGUCUAGCCUCCUAUGGAGGAUUGUCAAGGCAAACCGUUUCGACUUACUCGUCGAUGUCACUCUGACCUUUGUGGCAUGCUGUCUCCAGUAUCUGUUGCCGUUCUUCCUGCAAAGGAUCGUAUCCGGUAUCAUGGAGGGCACCCCUGAGUCUAUCGGCCGUGCCUAUGUCUAUGGAACUCUUGGAUUCUUUGCACAGGUCAGCAAGGCAGUCGUCGACCUGAUCCACCUGUGGCACGGACGCCGCGCAAACAUCCGAGUGAAGUCCGGACUUACCGCCUCGAUCUACGAGAAGGCACUGAAGAGGAAGGACACCGCCGGCGUCGUCCAGAUCAAGGAGGCGGAGGGCAAGACAGAGGAGGUCGACACCAAGCAGAACGCUGCCGACACUGGAAAGGUCGUGAACAUGAUGAGCGGCGAUGCCCAGCGCAUUGCCAACAUGGUCAGCUUCAUGUACCAGAUCUCCACCAACCCGUUCGAAAUCGCCAUUGCAUCCUUCUACCUCUACCACUCUAUCACAUUCAUCAAGUUCUUUGCGUGGACGGGCAAGUGGAAGGAGAGGGCGAUGGACGCCCGUAACGCCGAGCUGAAACAGAUGGUCCGCAGCAUCUUCAACGGCCUGGCGUUCUACCUUCUCUGGGGUCUCGUGCCACUCUGCAUCACGCUGCUCGCCUUCUUCAGCUUCAUCUACUUCCAGCACGGCAAGCUGACUGUCGAUGUCGCCUUCACUGCUCUGGCUCUUUUCCAGAUGCUCCGCAUGCCCUUGAACAUUCUGCCGACGUUCAUCGUCAUGAUGUUGCAGGCCAAGGUCGCCUUGAACCGCAUCAGUGACUUCCUGGCUGAAGGCGAGGUGCCCGAUUGGGUCUCUUCGCUGAAGCGCCCUGCUGAGCAAGGUACUGGUCCCGAGAAGGUUGGCUUCAAGCGCGCCACUCUGCGUUGGAACUCUGGCGCAUCCGUAUCUGAGAGCAACGGAGCGACAAAUGGCACCACUGCUAAUGGAAAUGACGACACCGAGUCCACUCCUCCCUCAGAGGCUGAGGUCUUCGAACUCACGGACAUCAAUGUCAACUUCCCCGUUGGCAAACUCUCCGUCGUCACGGGUCCCACCGGCGCGGGCAAGUCUGCUCUGCUCGUUGGUCUUCUCGGAGAGAUGGACGUGCUGUCAGGUGAGGUCUUCCUCCCGAAGAAUCUUCAGCAGGUGGACCCUGCCACUGGUCUGCGCAACUCGAGCGCGUACGCUGCUCAAACGCCCUGGCUUCAGCAGAUGUCGAUCAAAGACAACAUUCUCUUCGGAGAGGAGUAUGACGAGGAGAGGUAUGAGGCUGCUGUCGACGCAUGUGCUCUUCGGACCGAUUUCGACAUUCUCGAGGACGGCGAUGACACCGAGAUUGGAGCCAAGGGAGUGAGUAUAGUCUCGAAUGGCAGUGUGCUGCACUAUAACCCACUAGAGUAUUCCCGACUAAUCAUGAAAGCCCGAGUUGCCCUGGCUCGAGCGGUCUAUUCAUACACGAAGCACGUGCUCCUCGAUGACCCUCUGGCGGCUGUCGACUCGCACACGGCCAAGCACCUGGUCGAGCAGUGCUUCAACGGCCCGCUCAUGAAAGACCGCACUGUGAUCCUUGUGUCUCACCACCUCGACCUCCUCGUUUCGUCGGCUGACUACAUUGUUCGCGUUCUCGACGGCCGCAUCGCCUGCCAGGGAACACCCUCUGAGCUGAACGGCGAGCUUGCCGGCAUCGUCGCUGUCGAGACCGCCAUCACGCGCAAGGAGGGACCCGUCGCGGCGGUCGAUGCAACUACGCUCGAAGAGCAACAGCUCGGUACAGAGGACGCUGCUCAGCUGAAGAAGAAGGAGAAGAAGAGGGGCCCGGCCCGGAAGCUUGUCAAGGACGAGGAGCGUGCAGUCGGCAACGUCAAGUUCCAGACCUAUGCUCGCUAUUUCCGUGCCGCUACUUGGAUCACCUGGGUUUUCUUCUUUAUCGCGCUCUUCAUCACGCAAGGAUCUAGCUUGCUUGAGCGUUGGUGGCUGAAGAUCUGGGGCGAGGCGUACAACACGAGGUUGCACUCCUGGUUCCAGUUUGCUGGGGCCCACGACUACAGCCAACACAGUCACUCUGAGAUUCGCCACAACUGGAUCUACCACGACUCCAUGGCAUCGUCUGCAAAUGCCACCCCCGAUCUCGCUGUGCAGUCCAUGGGCGAUUACACCAGCAAGCUGCCCUCUGCCGACACACACCCUCUCUUCUACCUCGGCGUUUACGCUUGCAUCGCCGUCCUCACCAUUCUCGCAACUGUGGCGGCCUCUGCCGCAAGCAAGUGGGGAAGCUACCGCGCCGCCCGCACGCUUCACAAUGAGUUACUCGACUCUGUUCUGAGGGGCACCAUCCGCUUCUUCAACACGACCCCCAUGGGCCGCAUUCUCAACCGCUGCACGAAGGACAUCGAGACCGUCGAUGGUUCUCUGGCCGGAUCGCUCUCCACGGUCAUGGUGUACUUCGGCUCUCUGAUCGCCGCCACCGGCAUGGUUGUUUUCGUUGUGCCCUGGUUCGCCAUCCCCGCUGUCGGCAUCAUGGCCAUGUACUACAGCUACGCUGUCCUGUACCUGCGUACCGGACGAGGUCUGCGACGUCUCGAGGCUACAUCAAAGUCGCCCAUCUUCUCUGGCUUCGCUGAGCUUCUGGACGGCAUCAUCAGUGUCCGUGCGUUCAGCGCUGAGCGCCGUUUCUUCGAUGGCAUGUGCAAGCAGGUCGAUGUUGCGAACGCUGCUUUCUACUACUACUGGAUGACGAACCGCUGGCUGCUGCUGCGUUUCGACGUUCUGGGUGCUAUCGCGGUGUACGCGACCACGAUUCUCUGUCUUUCCGGUGCUGUCUCACCCGGAUCUGCGGGUGUCGCCAUCACCAGUGCGCAGGGCUUCGUUCAGGCUUGCUACUGGGUCUCCCGCUUUGUCGGAGAGCUCGAGAUGGACUUCAACUCAGUCGAGCGUAUCGAGGAAUACCUGCUCCUGCCGUCUGAGCCUCCGUCCACGAUCCCCGGCCACCAGCCGCCUGCGUAUUGGCCCUCGUACAAUGGCACCGACGACUUCAUCCGCGCCGAGAAUGUCGAGAUCAAGUACGCUCCCGAGCUCCCCACCGUCUUCAAGGGCUCUUUCUCGAUCAAGCCCGGGGAGAAGAUCGGUCUCAUCGGGCGCACGGGUUCUGGAAAGUCGACUGUGGCGAUGAGUCUGCUGCGCUUCACUGAUCCAGCUGCAGGCAAGAUCAUUCUGGACGGCAUCGAUAUCACGUCGAUCGGUAUCGACGACCUCCGCUCGCGCAUCACAUACAUCCCACAGGAUGCUGUGCUGUUCAGCGGUACAAUUCGCGACAACCUGGACCCCUUCGGCGAGCACACGGAUGCCGAGCUCAUCGAGGCCCUCACUCGGGUCAAGCUCAUCAACCCCGAGACUGCUGCUGCCACAAGGGCUGGUACGCCUUCCGUCUCGCGCAACGCCUCCCUCGUCGCGGUCGACCAGCGCCUUGCCCAGGUCGUUGCGCAGGAUGCUGCGAUCAACCGCAACGAGUCGUCGAGUUCGCUUGCCAGCGGUACAGGAACGCCGCGUGUGCACAUCACGCUGAACAGCGAGGUCUCUGCCGGUGGUGCCAACUUCUCGCAGGGCCAGCGCCAGCUCGUUGCCAUGGCUCGUGCUCUUCUGCGUCGCUCCAACCUCAUCGCUGCCAUCCGCACCGAAUUCAAGACUUCCACCGUGCUCUCCAUCGCGCACCGCCUGUCGAGUGUCAUCGACUACGACCGCCUGCUCGUCUUGGCGGACGGUGGUGUCGCCGAGUUCGACACGCCCAUGAACCUCCUUCGCAAGGGCGGCCUGUUCAAGACGCUCUGUCAGAAGAGCGGCAAGUACGAGGAGCUCUAUCGCGCCGCCGAGCGCAAGGAGCAGGCGGACGGAUCCGAGUCGUCGGAUGCGACUUUGAUCGAGCCUUAA